AUGGCCGAGGGCGGCGCGGGCGCGCGGAGGAGGGCGCCGGCGCUGCUCGAGGCGGCCCGCGCGCGCUACGAAAGCCUGCACAUCUCGGACGACGUGUUCGGCGAGUCGGGCCCGGACAGCGGCGGGAACCCCUUCUACAGCACCUCGGCCGCCUCGCGCUCCUCCUCGGCCGCCUCCUCGGACGACGAGCGGGAGCGCCCCGGCCCCCUGGGGGCCCCCGCCGCCCAGCCGCCGCGCUCCGCGGACGCGCAGGGCCCGGAGGACGACGAGGCCGGCGCGGGCUGGAGCAACGCGCUGCGGGACCGCCCGCCCCCGCACUUCGAGGACACCGGCGGUCCAACCCGAAAGAUGCCCCCCAGCGCCAGUGCCGUGGACUUCUUCCAGCUCUUUGUCCCCGACAACGUCCUCAAGAACAUGGUGGUGCAGACAAACAUGUACGCCAAGAAGUUCCAGGAGCGGUUUGGGAGCGACGGGGCCUGGGUGGAGGUGACGCUGACGGAGAUGAAGGCGUUCCUGGGCUACAUGAUCUCCACCAGCAUCUCCCACUGCGAGUCCGUCCUCAGCAUCUGGAGCGGUGGCUUCUACAGCAACCAGAGCCUCGCCCUCGUCAUGAGCCAGGCGCGCUUCGAGAAGAUCCUCAAGUACUUCCACGUCGUGGCCUUCCGCUCCAGCCAGUCCACGCACGGGCUCUACAAGGUCCAGCCCUUCCUCGACUCCCUUCAGCACAGCUUCGACGCUUCCUUCAGGCCUUCCCAAACCCAGGUGCUACAUGAACCCCUGAUCGACGAGGACCCCGUGUUCAUUGCCACGUGCACAGAGCGUGAGCUGCGCAAGAGGAAAAAGCGGAAAUUCAGCCUCUGGGUCAGACAGUGCUCUUCCACUGGCUUCAUCAUCCAGAUUUACGUCCACCUGAAGGAAGGCGGGGGCCCGGACGGCCUGGACGCGCUGAAGAAUAAGCCCCAGCUGCACAGCAUGGUGGCCCGGAGCUUGUGCCGGAACGCAGCGGGCAAGAACUACAUCAUCUUCACGGGGCCCAGCAUCACCAGCCUGACCCUGUUUGAAGAGUUUGAGAAGCAAGAGAUUUACUGCUGCGGCCUGCUCAGCUCCAGGAAGAGCGACUGCACCGGCCUGCCGCUGUCCAUGCUCACCAACCCGGCCACCCCCCCGGCCCGGGGCCAGUACCACAUCAAGAUGAAGGGGAACAUGUCCCUGAUCUGCUGGUACAACAAAGGACACUUCCGCUUCCUGACCAACGCCUACUCCCCAGUGCAGCAAGGAGUCAUCAUCAAGAGGAAGAGCGGGGAGAUCCCCUGCCCGCUGGCCGUGGAGGCGUUUGCUGCUCACCUAAGCUACAUCUGCAGAUACGAUGACAAGUACAGCAAGUAUUUCAUCUCUCACAAACCAAGCAAGACCUGGCAACAGGUCUUCUGGUUCGCCGUCAGCAUCGCCGUGAACAACGCCUACAUCCUGUACAAGAUGUCAGACGCCUACCAUGUGACCAGGUACAGCCGGGCGCAGUUUGGAGAGAGACUCGUCAGAGAGCUGCUGGGCUUGGAGGACGCCUCGCCAACCCACUGAUGCUGGGGGCGCCGGCCCAGGCUGGGCAGGGACCAGGCCAAGGGAGGGGAAGAGGAGGAGGAGGAGAGCCGGCCUAGCUGACCUGCCCAGAGACGCGGAAACACCCUGGUGUGUGGGCUGC